AUGAACAAUUCCAUAAUUACUGAUGAUGAGGUUAGAGCGUUCUUUUUAAAUUGUUCUUCGCAUACAAUCAUCGAAUCUCUUAUCGGUUUGCAUGAAUCAUUGAGACUCUAUUCCCAAAACCACGAGAUACUGCCCAAUAGGAUAUUCAAAGAAUUGGAUGAAAGCAAUAAGGAUUCUAAGAUAUCUCAUAUAUUUAUGCCUGUUGUGAGCAAGGACUUUUCAGGGAUAAAAAUUUUAGUGAAUAACAACAACAAAAAUUUUCAAGGUGUAAUUAACCUUCUUGAACCCGAAACAGGAAAUUUGAUUGGAUGUUUUGAAGCCAAACAAAUUACUGCUAUAAGAACUGCAUUAGUGUCAUGUAUUGGCUUGUAUAAGCAACUGUCAGAUCCAUAUGAUGCCUUGUUCAAAUUUGAGGAUAACACUUGUCAUUUGACAUGCUUUGGAACUGGUCUACAGGCUUUUUGGCACAUAUUCGUAGCCAUUAAAAUAUUAGGAUCAGUGGCAGUGAAAGACUCUUUGAAACUAAUUGAAAUAAAUAUACUAUACCACAAGAACAUGAUGGAUCUAGAUUGUUUGGAAUCAUUGAGCAAGUCAUUUGGAAGUGAUUUGAGAAUAAAAUUUAAUCAGUACCAAUUGAAUGAUGUGAGCUCAAAAAAUAAUGAAGUUGUUUCUACUAGUGAUAUUAUAUUUGGUUGCCUACCUACUCUAGAGCCCAAUCUGUAUCUUGAGCAACUGGAAAAUAAUAAAGAUUCUACAGUGCAGAAACAUACAUAUAUCUCGUUAAUUGGGAGUUACAAGCCAGUAAUGCAUGAAUGCGAUAAGAAGUUGAUCGAUAAAUUCAAAUUUAAUGACGAAAAUGUUCGCAUAUUAGUAGACUCAAGGCAACAUACACUACUAGAAUCAGGAGAAUUGAUUGAUUCGAGUAUCGCCCCUCAUGAUACUAUUGAAAUUGGUGAAAUGAACUCUAUGAAGGAUAUUGUCUUAAACUUGAAUGAAGGCAACUGUAAAAGAACUAUCACCUUAUGCAAAAUUGUUGGCUUAGCGGUGAUGGAUGUAGCACUUGCCAAGAAAUUCUUAAGUUUAAGAGCAAUGGAUUCAAUGAGUAGAGAACAAGUCUCGUUUUAG